CUCAAUAAAAGCCCUAAGCCUAAAGUCAUUUCAAUUCUGAAAAUCGUUCGACGCGAAGCAGAUUUACGCAGUUACAAAUAAUUUGAAUUGGACAGCGGAACACAGAGUUAGUGUCAAUUAACCAAACAUUUUCUUCUUGACAUCAGUUCAGCUUUAAUACGGCAAAAAUGGGUGCAUUUGAACAACAUUUAAAUGAAAUUGCUGCUGAGCUUUACGGCCUACCAGUCCAUCAAGAUUUCACUAUUGUCAAGAAUUUUGUAAUGGACCUGGUAAGGGAGAAUCGUUUGCUGAGCGAAACAUGCCAUGUGGCAAGCAAAGACUUUGGCAGCAAAGCGCUUGGAAUCCAGCGUCCGGGAAGCGAUUUUGACGUGAUGAUCGUUCUUGAGUUUCCAUACUAUGAGGAUAUAUUCGUGCGUCCGGAUCAGCAUCGUCCGGGGAUGGUGCACUUAGACUUUUAUGGUCUCCCCUGUAAUAGUUACACGGAGGACAACCUCUUGGAUCAUCGCUGGUACCUUAAGCGCGAAGAGGUGCAAUCAUGGAUGCAGGGCAUUCUGACGAAUGUCCACGGACGCUCUGUGAGAGGCCAGAACUAUCAAUAUUAUGAACUACGGUACCGUCGUGGAACCAAUUGCCACACUAUCACCGCAGAAUCAAACGAUUAUGUGUUCUCCAUUGACUUUGUGCCGGCGAUAAAGAUUCAUUUCGAUGAAAGCGAUUGGGAGGCGAUUCCAAAAUGGGCGCCAGGACCCAAGCGCUCGAACCCUUGCACCUUUAUGGUGAGCGAUGUUGAGGAGGAGAUAGAUCGCUUUAAGCUUGGAGGUGAGAACAUCCGAGAUGCCGUUGUGCUGCUCAAGGCGCUUUGCGAAGCCAAGAACUUGCCGAAAAUUCGUAAUUACCAUUUGGUUUCCACCGCCCUCACUUUAAUGGACAAUGAGGAGGUGGAGGAUUGUUCGCUGCAGUAUGUCUUUCUUACUCUACUAUAUGAUCUUAUCGAUGCUUUGAAAACGAACGAUCUCUGCUCUUAUUUCUAUGACGAGCUAGAUCUACUCACAAAUUUUAAUUCAGAGCAGCUAAGCGAAUACGCUAACAUUUUAAACAGUGCUUACAGCACCCUCAAAACUUAUCCAUAUCAGUACAAGCUUUCAUAUGAGCGGUGCAGUUGGCACUUUUUGGGCGACGAUGACGAGGAUGAAGACUAACUCCCAGUUUCAGUUGUUUAACUUCCUUUUUUUUUACAUAUUUUUUAUUUUCUAUACCCUACGAAAAAACAAAAGAUUUUAAGAAGUUGAUGGCACAACAAUAUUACUGCAUUAAAAUGUUGAAAUUAAAAUUUUAAUUCGCUAUUACGCAACACCUUAAGUGAAAAAAUAUCUGGAUAUUUUUGAAUAAGAGCCGAAAGAUUUCUUGGAUUUGAUUAUGGAUUUAAUUUUUGAACAAUAAAGAAGUUAAUUUGAUAAGUGGA